UACAUAUUCUCGGAUCCAUCAAAAACUAAACUGCUUGAAAUGGCUUCAAAGGUUGUCUUCAUCUUAUUAACUGCCGGAGCUUUUGUCUUUGGCGCGAAUGCUGGUCGGAGUCUCGGCGGUGGUGCCGGGCUUUAUGAGAAGAAAGGAGUCAAUGACUAUGAGGACCAGAAAACCUUCUUCCACUAUAAGUACGGGUUUCCCCCCUACUACGGCGGAGGUGUGGGAGGAGCAGGCGGAGGAGGAGCUGGUUUUGGCGGAGGGCCGGGUUUCGGCGGAGGCGCCGGUUUCGGGGGUGGUUUGGGUGGAGGGGGAGGAGGCUUUCCGACCCCGGACCUUGGCAGCGGCGGUGCGUCGGGGUUCGAGCCCGGUGUCGGGAAUGGUUUCGGGUCAAGCUUUGGCGGGUUUGGAGGUGGUCAGUCGGGUUUCGGUGGGGCCGGAAGUGGGUUUGGGUCCACGGUCGGAGGACUUCCGGGCAGCGGCUCCUCCGGCUUCGGAGCCGGAGGAGGCAAUGCCGGGAUUGGGCCGAACUUCGGCGGGUUUGCUGGAGGCUCUUCCGCGCAGUUCGGAGGUGUAGGGGCCACGGGUGGCCCCUUUGGCACUAGACUCGAAGCUGGCCUAGGAGGCGGCCCCACCGCAGGCGACAGCAGUCCUAGCGGAGACACCGACGGUAAGGUGCCACCUGCGGGAAUUAUCGGCGACGGUCUGUAGACUAUGAAUGCAGUUCCCUUUCAAAUUUAAUUCCAUGAUCAUAUCACAAAUAUUAUACUGAAAAGAAACAUAUAAUCCAUGCUCUUCUAAUGUUGUAUUGCUGUUAUAAGUUAUAGUAAUUGUAACAUGCUUUCACCAUAUAAAUAUAUAAAUGUACCAGAAAAAUCAAUUGAACUAAUUAUAUGGAGCAAACUCAUAAAUGGAGGAAUCUAAA